UGCACAACACCGUCCCACCCCGCCCACUUCUGAGAGAAAGGGACUUGAGAUGCUACAUUUUUCAUGACGAACUAGCUAUUUUUGUUCAGACUUAUUAUUUACUGCCUUCAACAACAUGUAACGCGAAACGAGUCACUUCGCAAAUCAUGUUGUGUUCAUCGAGUUGCCACUUGGUUCGUUUCAUUGCCGUGUGGAGGAAAAUGGAUGUGUGACCAGCUGAAACACCGACAACAGAGCUGGAGAUAGAGGCGUCUCCAUCCGGAACCUGGUGAAUCAAAGUUGGAAGCUGUUGGAUGUCAUGUCGGACGCAGAGGUGCAAGCCGCUCCAGGUGCGGAGGGGAAGACCGAGUUCACAGCAGGGAGCGCGUCCAACUGCCCAACUCAGGUCGCUUCGUCUCUGGGUUCCCCUAAGCCUCUUCCCGCUUCAGCUACGGAGGAUGAGGAUGAGAGUGAAGAUGAGUCAGAGAUCCUGGAGGAGAGUCCCUGUGGCCGCUGGCAGAAGCGUAGAGAAGAGGUGAAUCAGCGUAAUGUUCCUGGGAUUGAUGCUGCCUAUUUGGCCAUGGACACAGAAGAAGGAGUGGAGGUAGUUUGGAAUGAAGUCAUGAUUUCUGAGAGGAAGAACUUCAAACCGCUGGAGGAGAAAGUCAAGGCCGUCUUUGAUAACCUCAUUCAUUUGGAACACGCUAAUAUUGUGAAGUUUCACAAAUAUUGGGUUGACACAAAGGAGAGCAGGGCGAGGGUAAUUUUUAUUACUGAGUACAUGUCAUCCGGAAGCCUGAAGCAGUUUCUUAAAAAAACAAAGAAAAAUCACAAAACUAUGAAUGAAAAGGCCUGGAAGAGGUGGUGCACACAGAUCCUAUCUGCUCUCAGUUAUCUCCACUCGUGUGACCCUCCCAUCAUUCAUGGGAAUCUAACCUGCGACACUGUCUUCAUUCAGCACAACGGACUCAUUAAGAUCGGCUCAGUUGCCCCAGACACCAUUAACAACCAUGUAAAAACAUUCCAAGAAGAGCAGAAAAACUUACACUUCUUUGCCCCCGAAUAUGCAGCCGAUAACGACGUUACCACAGCUGUCGACAUCUACUCGUUUGGCAUGUGUGCCUUAGAGAUGGCGCUUCUGGAAAUUCAGGGAAAUGGAGACUCUUCUUACGUUUCUCCAGAAGCCGUUGAUAAUGCCAUUCAGCUCCUGGAGGAUCCGCUGCAGAGGGAGUUGAUUCAGAAGUGCCUUGAGUGUGAUCCCAGUGUACGACCCACAGCCCGGGAGCUGCUGUUUAACCAGGCUCUCUUUGAAGUGCCGCUCCUAAAACUUUUGGCGGCUCACUGUAUUGUCAGCCACCACCACAUGAUUCCUGAAAACGCUCUGGAGGAGCUCACCAAGAAGCUUGAUACCAAUCUGGUCAUCGCUGAAACUAAAGAGGAUGUCCAGCUCAAGCUUUCACAGUUUCCUGCUUUAGAACUUGACAAAUUCCUGGAGGAUGUGCGGAAUGGUAUUUAUCCAAUGACAGCUUUUGGGGUGCCCAGUCCCCAGCAGGCUCACCAACAGACGGUUAAAUCUCCUGUUGUCAUUCCUCUGGUCAAAUCCCCCCCCACACCUGAACCUACAGAGCUGGAGACACGGCGGGUCAUUCAAAUGCAGUGUAAUGUAGAACCUGUUGAGGAAGGAGCGAAGUAUCACUUGACGUUGCUGCUGAAGCUGGAAGAUAAAAUGAACAGACACCUCAGCUGUGACAUGGCACCUCAUGAGCGAGUUCAAGAUUUAGCUGAAGACUUGGUCCAACAAGGCUUGAUCAGCGAGGAGGAUCAACUCAAAAUAUCUUCUUUGCUCAAAGAAACAUUCAACCAAACUCAUCGCUAGCAAGCCUCCCGAAUUGGAUCUUGAGCUUGUUACUUCCAUCUGUUUGGGUACACAUUGUGACGAGUCUUUUUCCUCCAGAGCUGUGAGUGAAUGCGUGACCAAAAGAGUGAAAUGUCCCUAACUUUAGGGAAUUCGAAAUUUAAGUACACAAGCAUGCAACAACAAAGACAAAGCCAGGUAACUCCAGAGGAACCACCUACUGUAUUUUAACAAAUAUCAAAACAAGCAUUAAUUUCUGUGUGUGGAAAUGAGCUGACCAUUAUGUGUUCAAUGGAUUUUAUUAUUGGUACAUGAGGUACUGGAUGGAAUGCAUUGAGACCAGUGUUGUCCUUAAAUGUUCUUUGUUUACAUUAGAAAUAGUUUUAGCCAUUCAUGUCCUUUUUAAUAUGGACUUUUCUUUGACAGUGUAAUCACAAAAGCACCAUUGCCAGGGAUGGAGGGAUCAUUUCCUUUCAUUUCACAUAGUCCUUCCUAAUUCAACCAGAGUUCAGACAUGAAACUUUCUCCAUAGACUUAAUUAUCCUCACACUUUUGUCAGAAGAAACUGUACAUUAAGAUAUUUCACACUUUGGGACGACAUCACCUGCUCUCUUUGAGAUACUGUGACCUCAGAGUCAUCGAUAUAUAUAUAUAUAUAUAUA